AUGACGAGGGCUCAUAGUGGCCUCACGUACAGGAUAACCCAGGUCAUCGUGGGCCACGGGUGUUUUGAGGCGUAUUUAUACGAAAUAAGAAGGACUGAAUCGCCGAUUUAUCAGCAUUGUAAAGCGGCAAUAGACAAUGCAUACCCUCCUCCACUGUCCCUCGUGGGCUGUGGAGAGGGGGAACUUGUUAGUGGCUCUCAGAUUGGAUUUAGAUUUGGACCGAGAGUACGAUCGGGUGAUUGGGCUCCUCCGAAGUCUGCUUCAGCUUUCGCACGUUACUGCGAGACCGUAAUGAGAGCGAAGAAGGCAGAAAGGGACCGUGAGAGGGAUCAGAGGGCCCGGGUGGUGCAUCCGCCUGUACUUCCUUCUCUCUUGCGGGACUCUGACUCUUCGUAG